CCAGCCCCCUUCUCCUUAAACAGCCAAUGAGGAUGCCAUCUAUUCAUGAGGUGGAGUAGGAGCAGCCAUGUGUAGGCAGCCUGCCACAGGAGGAGGUGUGACUCCAUGAGCCAAAAGUGUGUGUAUGCACAAGAGUGUGCUCACACUGAGAGAGGAGGUGGUGGAGUAUAGAGAGUGGAGGGAGAGAGUGUAUGUAGGCAUGCAAGUGAGACUCCAGGGAAGGAGUGACAGGCAAAGAGGGGAAGAAAGCCAGAGCGACAGAGGGGAUCUCUGAGGAUACACGGAUGAGAAAGAGGUGUGGGGGAGCCAAGGAAGAGGAGCCCGAGUGUGUAUCGCCCAAGGGGGAGUUCAUACACACCGCAGACAGCACACACUCCAGCGGGCACUCGGCACUGUUUCCCUGACAACUAGAAUGGGCUGCAAUUUGUGCACCUUGCAGAAACGGGAGGAACACUACAAACUGCUCUACGAGAUCGCACAGGUAAAUGGUUUGGCCAAGGUCGAACAUGAUGAAGCAGUGGUGGAGGCCAUCAGGCGAGACCCUAUCGUUGUCCAGGUUCUCCGACGUACCCCCACCAGAGCCGCGGCGGCUGUCGUACAAAACGGCACCAGCUCGCCGCAGGACGUGUGUGUGGUCGAUGUGUGCACGCAAACAGACAUCACCUUUGAACAUAUUAUGGCACUGGCCAAGCUUCGGCCUGCUACCCCACCAGUCCCUGACAUUUGUCCCUUCCUGCUGUCUGACAGCUGUCACUCAAUCCACACUAUGGAACAUGAGUUUUAUGAAUGUCCAGAGUACCUGUCUAACACCACAGCAGAUGUGGAGAGGAUCGUAGAGUAUGAGUAUGAGGAAGUGGAGCUAUGCAGGCAGAACAGCCAAGAAAAGCUGGGCCUGACACUGUGCUACAGGACUGAUGAUGAGGAGGACACUGGGAUCUAUGUGAGCCAGGUUGAGCCGAACAGCAUAGCGGCAAAAGACGGGCGCAUAAAGGAAGGAGAUCGUAUUCUGCAGAUAAAUGGCUGUGAAGUACAAGACAGAGAGAAGGCUGUUGCCCUGUUGUCAAGUGAAGAAGCAAGGAGCAUCACACUACUGGUGACAAGGCCAGAAAUCCAGUUGGAUGAGGAGGCUGGAUGGCUGGACGAUGAGCAACAGGAGCUCAUGGAGGAGAUCCUCGAGGAGAGGAGGAAGCAGAAGGAACAUGGCUUUGACAGGGGAGAUGAGAAUCAAGCUGAAGAAGGGAUGACAACAGACACAGCUACAUGUUCUUCCAACAAUCAAGACAGUGGGUUUGGACGCAGUACGGACAGUCCGGAGCACCAACCACUGCUGGCUAAACUCCAAAGAAGGAGCCCAGCUCAUUGCCUAAGGGAGCGGUGGCGGGCAGAGCAUCCCCACACCAAGCGAGGAGCUGUUGUCCCACGGGAAAACCAGAGCACGAGAACACUGUCCACAGGCCAAGGCCACGAAGGGGUAGGGAGUGUUCGCAAUAGUGGAGGUGGGAUCUUAGGUUUGGAGAAUCGCUUCCAGCAACUCUUGGAGCUCAAGUGUCAGAUCCGAAACGGGGGUGAGUGUGGGGUGUACUCAAUUCGACACAGUAUAGAGUGUAGCCUUACUGAACAAGGGGGAGAGGAUGCCGAUUGCGUAGAUGACAUAGGGGGAGGGGUGGAGCAGGAGUUGAGGAUGCUAAACGAGGAACUGCGCAGCAUUGAGCUCGAAUGCCAGAGCAUUAUGCAGGCCCAUCAGCUUCGCCAGUCCCAUCAGCAGGAGCACUCACAGCCGUUGCCCUGUUCACCAGGAAGGAGCACCAAAGAUGGACACAAGCGGCACAGCAGGCUGGCUGACAUUCACGAACACCCAGAGAGGUUGGAAGCCGAUAAGAUGCGCGAGAAGGAUAGCUCCAGUGCCUACAACACAGCAGAAAGUGCACGCUCAACACCACUGGGUAUGGAGAGAUCUCCUGACCACUCUCUGCAGAGACACAUCAGCAUUACCAACCAGAAAAACCUCAGACUGGCUUCUUCAACACCCUCAAGCCCUAUUCCUAUCCCCAAGCCCCAGGGCACAUCUAGUCGUAGCAGACAAGCAGAUCCAGGUCCUGUAAUCUCAAGCAGCCCUGAUCAGAGCAACCCUUCCAGGUCUGAGUCAGACCCUGCUCUGCCUGCAGAUGAUGAGAGGUGUGAGAAGAAAGGGAGGACCAGAGAGUCAAGGAGAGGGCUUCCUUAUGCUUCUUCAUAUCACACGACCCCUUAUCAUGGCCAGGGAGGAUCUAAGCAACUUCAGAGCUACAUGCAACUGCUACAGCAGCAUUCAUCCGUGGAGUAUUCGCAGAGCCAGCUGAGUCUCCUCAGUGUCUGCCGAGAUCCCGUGCACCGUAACGGACGCCCUGGGGAACCACGACUAGAGUGGAAGGUCAAAGUUCGAGCUGACGGGACGCGAUACGUUGCCCGGAGGCCUGCUCGUGAUCGCAUACUGAGGGAGAGGGCGCUAAGGAUCAGAGAGGAGAGGAGUGGAGGCAUGACCACAGAUGAUGACGCCAUGAGUGAGAUGAAGAUGGGCCGCUACUGGAGCAAAGAGGAGAGGAAGCAGCACCUGGCACGUGCCAGGGAGCAAAGAAAGAGGAGGGAGUUUAUGCAAAAGAGCCGCCUGGAGUGUUUAAAGGAGGGACCACUGAGUGGAGCUGAAGGCAGGAAGGAGAUCAAUAUCUUGGAGCUCAGUCACAAAAAGAUGAUGAAGAAACGAAAUAAAAAGAUCCUGGAUAACUGGAUGACUAUUCAGGAGCUGAUGAGCCAUGGGGCCAGAGUCCCAGAGGGCUCCAAAGUCCAUAAUGCCUUUCUUUCUGUCACAACUGUGUAAUAAAAGAUAUUAAGUCAGGUAGACAGCAAUCGAGGAACUACUGCUUGUUUUUUCUUCUUUUUUUUAAGUGUACAUUUCUGAGAUUAAAUCAAAUACGUUAACGCCGAAGACGUCUGUAGCAUUCCCAAAGCAACUCUGGAACUAACACUUUAAGAAUGUUUGAAUAGUUCAACAAUCAAUUGCAAGACCUCGGCCAUACAAACUGUUUUUUACGCUGGCAUUUUGGUAAUGCUCCCUGCUUCUGGUAGCGCGUUGGUUCAAACAGAUUCACGUAACAGACUGAGGGACCAACACAUUAACCUUGUGUAUACCAUGUACUGUGUCUCCAUUACUCUCGUUUCUUUUGUGUCAUUGCACAUGAAGCGACUUCACUUGCCUCGAUCGAGGUGUUUGGCUGUUUUUUUUAUAAUGGGGGAAAUACGAUAUUUUUCACACAGCUUUUUGUAAAGAAAUUUUUACACUGAAUGUCAAAGUACUGUAAGCAUUUUAUUCUAAUUUCUUAUUUAUGUUUAUUACCACCAAAUCGUCGAUGUCAGAAGUGACACUAAUUGAUUGUAUUGUAGCCCGCAGUGAGAGAGACCUCAUUACAUUGCUAAAGGACUACGACUCCACAUCUAAAACCACUGCUUUUAUUGUGUUGAUAAAGUCACUUGAGUCAGACUUGUCUGAUAAGCAGCACUGAAUUUAAGGCACUGAAAGACUCAAUUUUGCCAUCUCAAAAGCUCAUUUUGUUCAUGAGCUGGGAGGGCUUUUUUGAUACAGCUUUACCUCAACUUACAGAACAAACUGACCUGUCAAGUAUUUGAAUUUUGGGGCAAAAGGAAUGGCUGACCUUCAACCCUCCCUUUGAAACAUAAUCGCGUGAAUUGUGUUAAACAUGUUAAACAAACUCUUAUUUAUAUUGUUUACUGUCGUUUGUAUUUAUUGUAAAUUCCUUUUUAUAGUCUGUCUAAAAUGUUUCGGUGCAGCUAGCCUUGAAAAGGCAACACUUUUCAAGGUGCUGUCAAUGAAAAUGUAUAAUAUUUGCAGCCUUUCAACUCAGUCUGCUGUUUUCACUGUAAAGUUAAUUGACGAGGCCUUGAGUUCAGUAUUUGUUGAUGGUGAUAUUUGUAAUAAAAGAACAAUAAGAAAAAAAAUCUGUAGAAAGAUAUUUUUUCAGUGAGUAAUCACCUCCUGUUCAACUGCAUAUCUACCCAAAUAUCUAGUAAGCCAGUCACAUUCUUAGUUAUCCUGCAAUAGGGUUAAUCUGCUGGAGACUUCCCAUGAUGAAUUGAGCAUUUCUUCUUCACUCAUCAUUAGCACUCAUUAAAAACUCACUCUCACUACUAUAUAUUGCUAUUUGUCCUAUUCUCUUGUCCUGCUCUCUUCUCUUUCCCCUCACAUCCACCUGGUGGUGGAUGACUGCCACUCCCUGAGCCUGCUUCUGCCAGAGGUUUCUUCUUGUUUAAAGUUAUUCUUUCCCACUGUUGCUUGCUUACAGCGGGUUUUCUGAUCGUUGAGAUUCUUCCUAAUACCACGUGCUACUCCUGUCAGCUAAGAAAAGUAAACUGAGGCUACAAUUUAUACAGAUUAAUUCAGAUAGUAGGAUGAGAAUGUGAAAUAAACAUGAAAGCAUGGAUGCAUCUUGCCUUGUAUUUACAGCUCACAGUGGUGGUGUAAUGGAAAUAUGAUCUCGGCACUUUUAAAUCCCUUUCGUACUUACUGAAUAUUGUUUAACUGUCACACCCAACCUGAGUGUUUUUGCUGACCAUAUCGAUCCCUUUAUGACCAUAUUCUGAUGGUUGUUUCCAGCAGGAUAACACAUCACGUCAGUUUAAAUUGUCUCAAACUGGUGUCUUGUCCAUGUCAUUGAGUUCCUUUAGGAUGUGGUGGAAUACGUUGAUUCGUAUCAUGGAUCUGCAGCCAGCAAAUAUCUCGCAAGUGCGUUAUGCUGCUGUGAAUUAAGGAGUUCUGAAGGUAAACGUUUUCUGGUGAGUGUAUACUGGAGCAAAUUUGCAUUCAGUAAAUUAUUUCACACAGCCUUUAAAGCUGUGUUUUUCUAACAUAAUUGUUGAUAAUGAAACAUGACUAUAGCUCUGAGGAUCCCAGUUGUUCUACAUUCAGAUAGUAAACACUAUCUGACAGGUAAUAAGGACUUUUUCAGUCGGAAUAUAUCCUUACAUAUCUUUACACUAAACCUAUUCAGUGGCAUCCUCAAGAGUGGCCCUAUGAAACAUAAAUAUUAGUUCCUAAAAUCAGAAUACUUGACAAAAUUCAUAUCAAUCAUAGGGUGUUUCUACUAUGCAUAUCUCUCCUACGUGUCAAAGAACCCCGAACACAAUUUUUAGUGAUUCGCUCUGAAUGUCUUCUUCAAACAAACCAUGCAUUAUGCAUGCCGAGGAUAGAAGUUUACAUGUUUGGAUUUGAGAGAGAUUCUUAUAAAAGUGUACUCUUUGCAGACUGCAUUGUCUCCUGCAGAGAGACAACACAUUUGAUGUGCGCGGAUGUGCAUCAGGAAGCAUGAGAGGAGGCGGGCGUGCUGUUUAUCUGAGACUCAUAAUAAAGGAAUGCGCUGUAGCUGGUGGAAAGUGAAGCGACUGAUCGAUACUGUGCAAUCGGCUACACGCUCAAAUCUUUGUGAAAGAUCAUAAAGAAAUGAUUGCUCAGUGAAUUCAUACAAGGUGAAUAAAUGCAGCACAUGGAAAAACACCACACCUGCCUCAAGGCUUUACCAAGACUCAUGAUCUCCAUAUUCACAGGAAUUCAUAAAGCAUUUUGAUUUUUUUUUUUUCCUUUGGUGUCUUCAUUGCAUGCAUAGUAAUUUAGCCUGUCGCUACAGUUUACAGUAUUCAUGUAUUCAUACCAGGAUGACUGACUCACAUUGUGGGGGGUGGGAUAUUGGUGCAAGGGAUGGGUGUGUGUGUGAUGGGGGUGCAUGUCCAUUUAGUGAUAGGAGGCAUCAAAGCUAAACUAUACUCCCAUUUCAAAGCAUUAAAGAGACACCGGUGAAGUCUCCUCAUUCCCUGUCAGUCUACUGUGUGUGUCCACAGCCCACUGAACUGAGGAAUUAAUGAGAGACAUCCGAGUGACAUCCCCAUCACCAGGGCCUUUAUGCAUAACAUUAAAUCAGGUAAACACUGCACCUACUUUUCUCACAGCUCCCCAUCUCCUCAUAUAAUAUCCAGCCAGUUUUAUCUGUGUGACAGAAGUGGCACAGGAACUGAGGAAUAAUUCCCUGCAGUCAGCCUAGUAUUAUAAAUGAUUAAUCCCAGUGUG